AUGAGUAUUCUCGAAAAGAAUUAAAAUAGAAAGGGAUAAUAUCAAUCUUAUGUGAGAGAUAAAAAAUGUAUUUGAUAUUGAUUAUUUCCUUUAUGUGUUAAUAAUUCCAUUAAUUAGUCUUAAGAGAAAGAUAUCGAUAAUAUCAAAAGCAAUAGAAAUUAAUAAAUAAGUGCAAAGUUUUCUUCUUAAUAAGAACAAUUGGCUGAUUUGAAGUGUUACAUAUAAUUAAAAAAGAAUGGCAAAAAUACAUUAAGUUGCAAUUUUUACAAUGAACCAGCAGUUGUUUUUAGAUUAUUAUGUUCUUAUGAAAUCAUUUUAAUAGCAGUCAAUGCCUUUUUUGAAUGAAAAGUUACAAGUUAAAAACAAUUCAUAAUUUAAAUUUAUGAUUUGAAUAUUAGAAUUAGAAAAAACGAUGAGAGAGGAAUAAAGGAAUAUAAUAUUAUCGCAUAGCAGGAAAAGUAAUUGAGC